CCAAUGGGCAUGGUCACCUGGACACGUCAUUAACUUCCCAAAACUACCUGUCGGAGCUAACGAAACAGAACGCUUCAUUAGGAUUUUAAGUCUUCAGUUCGGCAGACGCAUUUUAAACAAGGACUUUUUUUUAUCUAAAGAAAACAAACAACGAAAGGAUUUAUUUUAAAACCGAAAAGUUUUUUUGUUUUUUUUUUACUACAAUUUGUAAAUCGAUGGGGAGUAAUAGGAGUUUUGGCGUAAUACUUAUCCUAGUCCAGAUUUGGAUUGGAGGAUUUUGUGAAGAAACUGCACAAUGUCAGCCUGGAUUCAGUUCAGACCAUUUUGUCUUCAAAGUCAACAGAGGAGAGCUAGAGAGAGGCAGAGUGCUUGGUAAAGUGAAUUUUGAUGACUGUACUGGACGCAAGGUAGUCCUUUACAACUCUGAUGAUUCCCAGUUUGAUGUGAAUGCUGAUGGAACCAUCAAACUGAAGAGAAGGUUGAAACUGCAUGAUGGGCACACAAGCUUUGCUGUCCAUGCCUGGGAUACUAAAGGCAAGAGAACCAGCACCAGAGUCACAGUGGAAAAUGAAGAGAGAAGACGCCACUCCCACCACAGAGACCAUCAUGGAAAGCAUAACUCGUCUACCAAUGUUCAGAGCAGUAGCCAGCUCCAGGUCCUGACAUUUCCACAAUCUUCGAUUGGCUUGAGGAGACAAAAGAGAGACUGGGUGAUUCCACCUAUCAGUGUUUCUGAAAAUGAACGGGGCCCAUUCCCCAAAUUUGUCGUUAAGAUAAGGUCCAACAGAGACAAGGAAAUUACAGUUUACUACAGCAUAACAGGACCUGGAGCAAAUGAACCCCCAGAAGGGCUUUUCACAAUUGAAAGGACUGGUGGUGAACUGUAUGUGACCCAGCCCUUGGAUCGGGAGUCUCAAGCUCAAUAUAUUCUCAUGGCACAUUCUGUUGACAUUAAUGGUCGACCAGUUGAGGAUCCCAUGGAGAUCAUAAUUAGAGUUACUGAUCAAAAUGAUAACAGACCAGCGUUCACAAUGAACACCUUUCUUGGCAAUGUAAGCGAGGGAUCACCACAAGGAACUGUAGUUAUGAAGGUGACAGCUACAGAUAAAGAUGACCCCACGAUGGACAAUGGUAUAAUUGGGUAUUCCAUUCUAAACCAGGAACCCAAAGAACCCCACUCCCCCAUGUUUUCCAUUAACAAGGCAGGAACCAUUAGUGUGUUUGCAGCUGGGCUGGAUAGAGAGACAGUAGCUGAAUAUAAAUUGAUCAUCCAGGCUGCAGAUAUGGAUGGUAACGGUCUCUCAACCACUGCCACAGCUAUCAUUACUGUAACCGAUCAGAAUGACCAUGCUCCACAGUUUAAAACUGCACAGGAAACUGUUUCAGUACCAGAAAAUGAAGUGGGUGCAUUGGUGACGAGAUUAGCUGUGACAGAUCGGGAUGUGCCCCAUACACCAGCCUGGAAUGUCAAAUAUACAAUUGUCAAAGGGAAUGAUGGAAAUGCUUUCAAUAUCACCACAGACCCCAACAGCAAUGAAGGAAUUCUCAAAACCGCCAAGGGCCUUGAUUAUGAGACAACAAGGCAAUACACGCUGUUUGUGACAGUAAAAAAUGAAGAGCCAUUUACCAGUCCUCUACCAACAGCCACAGCCACCAUUACAGUUAAUGUAGAAGAUGUCAAUGAGGCUCCCAUUUUUAAUCCACUGGUAAAGAGAGUUCUAGUUGAAGAGAACAUGCCUAUUGGAAGUACUGUAGCAGUAUACACCGCAACAGAUCCAGACAAAGAGAUGAAACAGACUGUGACAUAUCGUAUGGGGAUUGAUCAAGCAGGAUGGCUGGAAAUAAAUAAUAAGACUGGAGUGAUCAAAGUUAAGAAACUCAUGGAUAGAGAGUCUCCAUUUGUUAAAAACAAUACAUAUACUGCAAUGUUUCUGGCAUUGGACAAUGCUGGUCCACCAGCCACAGGUACAGGAACUCUUGUGGUGGAAUUGACAGAUGUCAACGACAAUGGUCCUGAAGUAGUUGAAAGAGAAAUAAAAGUUUGUAACAAGGAAACAGUACCCCAAAUACUGAAUGUUGUAGACAAAGACACUUCGGUCUAUGCUGGUCCUUUUAAUGUACAAGUCCUGGGGGACGAGGAGAAAAACUGGACUGCCACCAUGAAUGAUAAAGGAGAACACAUUAUUCUCACAAUGGCCAAGGAGCUAAAGCAAAAUGAUUAUCUUGUUAUACUGAGAGUGUUUGAUACUGACAAAAAAUACCAAGAUAGUAGCAUUAAGGCAGUGGUGUGUGAUUGCCAAGGGGGGGAUUUCUCCUGCAAAGGUAUAUUAAAAGACGCUGGCUUGCCUGCAAUUCUGGGGAUUUUGGGAGCCAUUCUUACACUGCUGAUCCUCUUGCUGGUACUGUUGCUCCUGCUCAGAAGAAGAAAGACCAUUAAAAAGGAGCCACUGCUUCCAGAGGAUGAUAUCCGUGACAAUGUCUUCUAUUACGAUGAAGAGGGGGGUGGAGAGGACGAUCAGGAAUAUGACUUGAGCCAGCUGCACAGAGGUCUGGAUGCUCGACCUGAUGUCUUCCGAAAUGAUGUGGUGCCAACUACUAUGGCUGUGCCACAGUACCAGUACCGUCCCCGGCCAGCUAACCCAGAGGAUAUUGGCAACUUCAUCGAUGAUAACCUGAAGGCUGCUGACAAUGACCCCACUGCUCCUCCCUAUGACUCUCUGCUGGUGUUUGAUUAUGAAGGUGGCGGCUCAGAGGCUGGUUCUGUCAGUUCACUGAACUCCUCUAGCUCUGGGGAUGACCAGGACUAUGACUGCUUUAAUGAGUGGGGCCCUCGCUUCAAGAAACUUGCUGAUAUGUACGGUGGUGGAGAAGAUUGAGACCUUGAUACCAACUGUUACAGCAGUUUUAAAACUGAAUAUGUAUAUAACUUUGUCUGAAGCCUUCAGUUAUGCACACAAUGCCCACACUAAUAAUGACAUAUUGGUGUAGAAUAAGUGAGUCAAAGAACAGCUUGAAAAUACUUUGUGUGCUUGUGUUUUGAAGUUCUCCUCCAGCAGUAUUUGUUGAUUUGAGUCCCAUGAUUAAGUGUCUUUGUGACACUGUAGAUGGUCUUUAUAUUGAUUUGACUUUUUAUAUGAAAAACUAGGCUCUAUCCAAAUACUGAAAUGUACAUUAUUAAACUGCACAAUUGUCAAUAAUUACUACUUGGAACAGUAAACUUGCAGGAUGUUACAUUUGAAAGUUCUGUCUAACAUGCCAAUAUUUUUAAAGGUGUUAGAAAGUCUCUUGUUUUAAUCACUG